CGGGACCAGUGGUUUUCUUGUGGCUUAGAUUCAAUUCCCGCUUUCCUUCGUCUCAAACCCAAUAACUCUGGCCAUGCGAAGCCCAGCCGCCCCACAGCCAGAAAUGGCCAUUUCCCAUCUCUCGGCCGGCCCGACCCACCUCCCACUGCCGCCCCUCAGCCUCAGUUCCCGUCGCCCCUGCACCCCAAGAACCAUCAGAACGAGGACCCUGCCCGACACAAAUCUAAAUCCUGCCGACAAGAAGCUGAAGUGGGUCCUCCGGGUGAGCCCGGUUGGCCAAGCUCCCAGCCCGGCGAAACCCCCUGUCGACGUGGACCGGCUGGUGGAGUUCUUGUACGACGAUCUCCCUCACCUGUUUGAUGAUCAGGGGAUCGACCGGACGGCGUACGACGAGCGUGUGAAGUUCAGGGACCCCAUCACCAAGCAUGACACAAUUGCCUGGUAUCUGUUCAAUAUAGCGUUCUUGAAGAUCAUCUUCAGCCCUCAGUUCUAUCUGCAUUGGGCGAAGCAGACAGGACCAUAUGAAAUAACUACGAGAUGGACUAUGGUGAUGAAGUUCAUGCCACUGCCAUGGAAGCCGGAGUUGAUCUUCACUGGGACCUCCGUCAUGGGCAUCAACCCCGAUACCGGGAAGUUCUGCAGUCAUGUGGAUUACUGGGAUUCCAUACAGAAGAAUGAUUACUUCUCCUCGGAAGGUCUGUGGGAUGUGUUUAAGCAGCUCAGGAUAUACAAGACUCCUGACUUGGAAACACCCAAGUACCAAAUACUUAAGAGGACCGCAAAUUAUGAGGUAAGAAAAUAUGAGCCUUUCAUAGUGGUUGAAACAGACGGAGAGAAGCUGUCCGGUUCAAAAGGGUUCAACGAUGUCGCCGGGUAUAUUUUCGGAAAAAAUUCUUCUCAAGAGAAGAUACCGAUGACAACUCCCGUCUUCACCCAGGCAUUUGACAACAAACGGUCUAAAGUAUCGAUCCAGAUAGUUCUUCCUCUUGACAAAAACAUGAGCAACUUACCUGAUCCGAAUCUAGAGGGAAUCAGCUUGAGAAAAGUUGAGGGUGGAAUUGCUGCUGCUCUGAAGUUCAGUGGAAAACCAGUGGAGGAUGUGGUGCUCAAGAAAGAGAGGAAGCUUCGGUCUAGUCUUGAAAGAGAUGGGCUCAAACCUAAGAUAGGUUGCUUGCUUGCCCGGUACAAUGAUCCAGGAAGAACUUGGAGCCUUAUGCUGAGGAACGAAGUGCUGAUAUGGCUCGAAGAUUUCAAGUUAGAUUAAGCUAAUUCGUGAGAUGUCCCACUUUGGAGUUGUUAUCUCGGUGUCCGUCAAUACCAGCCAUGGGAAAUGUAUAAAGGCUGUGUCUUGGUAUCAUAAAGCGAUCUUCGCAUAAAUGUGAUAUACUACAGAUCAAGUCCAGAGAAACGAGAAACAUCUGAUGCUGAUGAUUAUGCUGUCAGGAGCAUUCUUGAAGGAAAAGCUUGGAACAGUUCGCCAUGAUUCUUGUUCUUGUUCUUUUUUGUAUGCACAGAGAAUAACACUGAACUGAACACCCUUUACAGUAAUGUAGUGAAUUUUUUGUUGUCUCUGACUAUUCCACAGUACGUAAGCGCCGUUGUUCUUGAGCUAAUUAGUUUUCAAGUGCCCAA